GCAGAACGUGCUGGCGGGGCGUAGAAGCUUCUAGAAUUGACGUCAUGGGGAGAGCCAGCGUGUCACACACACACACGUGUGUGUGUAUUAUAUACACGUGUGUGUGUGUGGGCUGUCUCAAACACACAGGGGUCGUAUAUAUACACGUACCGGCGUGGGGACGCGGGCCAGCAGGGCUUUGUGUGGCAGUGUGAAGUGUAACCCACGCACCCCCCUGUGCAACUACGCGCCUCACUGUCUCAGGGCAGGCCCGGUUGGGGAGGUUAUUGGGACAGUGCAAGGGGGUCCUUGUCUAUGGGACAACGGGGCAUGACGCGCGUCUAAGAGUAGUGCGCUAAUUUUAUACGUUCGCUAAAUUACGAGGGCGUUUAUGUAGUUUAUUAUUUUUUUUAUAACGCUUGGUGCUGGUAUGAUUUUGUGUAUUUGAACUGUAUUGAUUUUGGCGGGUUUCAUUUAUCCGUACAACGACUGAGAGAGAAGGUUCGUUAAUCCGUUAUCUAAUAAGAGAGAGUGCGAGGCGAGUGUUCGUGCCCACCCUCCCACACGCGUGACAUCUCGCGGGGUACUUGAGCAACAAGACGCCGGGUCAGCGGUGUUCGUGCAGACCCAACUCGACAGCCUCCCAGCUUCGCCGGCUGUGUUGCACACACUUGUAACGGCGACAACCCCACACCGCACGUACAGCCAGAUACAAACAGCACCUUACACACACACACACUGCCGCGAGCGCAAACGGAAGACCCUCGGCGUAGCGUUGCACGCACAAGUGUAACAAUUGUGUUGCGCUCCACUUAGUUCUGAGCAACUCGACGACCGACACGCUUCUUGAUAGACUUAACGGGGAACUUUUAAAAAAAAACAAAAAAAAUCUGAACCGUAGCACAAGUGGCCAGCGACGCACCCGGCGAGCCGAAACCUUCUAGCAACCUUCUUCACAAACAUCGGAGUGCGACUCGUAACACAACAACACAAAUCAUCUUUAGGUGGGGGUGGGAAGCAGCACUAGCUCGCCGUGUUAGUUAGCGAGCGCCUCCUCUUAUCGAAGCGAUGGGCAAGGACUACUACAGGAUCCUGGGCAUCGCUCGCGACGCCAGCGACGACGACAUCAAGAAGGCGUACAGGAAGAUGGCUCUCAAGUGGCACCCGGACAAGAACAAGGCCCCUCACGCCGAGGAGAGGUUCAAGGAGGUGGCCGAAGCGUACGAGGUGCUCAGCGAUCCCAACAAGAGGGACGUCUUCGACAGAUACGGCGAGGAAGGCCUCAAGGGAGGAGGUGCGGGCAACGCGAGGCACCCCGGCAACGGCCCCACCAUGAACGAGAAUGGCGGCAGCUUCACGUACUCCUUCCACGGCGACCCGCACGCCACCUUCCGCGCCUUCUUCGGCGGCGCCGACCCCUUCGAGAUGUUCUUCGGCUCGGGUCGCGGCGGCGGCGGACCCGGCGGCCUGGGCGGCCUGGGCAUGAACGGCGGCGGCGGCGGCGAGGCGAUGGAGAUCGACUCGGACGACCCGUUCGCCGCGUUCGGCCUGGGCGGCGGCGGCGGCGGCGGCGGCGGCGGUCCCUCGCACCACAGGCGGCGCACGCAGGACCCCCCCGUGGUGCACGAACUGCAGGUGUCGCUGGAGGACAUCUACCGCGGCUGCACCAAGCGCAUGCGCAUCUCGCGGCGCAGGCUCAACCCCGACGGGCGGUCGACGCGCACCGAGGAGAAGAUCCUGACGCUGGAGAUCAAGAAGGGCUGGAAGGAGGGCACCAAGAUCACGUUCCCGCGCGAGGGCGACGAGGGCGGGCGCAACAUCCCGGCCGACGUCGUCUUCGUGGUGAAGGACAAGGCGCACCCGCUGUUCCGGCGAGACGGCUCCGACAUCGUCUACACGGCGAGCGUCUCGCUCCGAGAGGCGCUGUGCGGCUGCUCGGUGAAGGUGCCCACGCUGGACGGGCGCAAGCUGUCGCUCUCCAUGACGGAGGUGGUGCGCCCGGGCCUGACGCGGCGCGUGGCGGGCGAGGGGCUGCCCUUCCCGCGCGCUCCCUCGCGCCGCGGCGACCUCGUCGUCGACUUCUCCGUGCGCUUCCCCGACAGGAUCCCGCCGGCCUCGCGCGACGUCCUGCGCCAGCACCUCCCCGCCUGCUGAGAACCCUCGCGACGACUGCCUCCAGAGAUCGGGGUGCGGCCCCAGGGUAGAAUAAAAAAUAAAAUAUCUUCAAAUUUGAUAAAUUUACUCCCAUUGGCUAGACUUGCAGAAGGGUACUGGAACGGUUGAGGGGAGAUGGUGACGUAAGGCACUUUUGAGUUGCUUGAGAUAGUCAAGCGUCCUGUAAAUGCAAAUCCUUAUCCCGAACAAAGGCGCAGGCAUGUGCACACAAGGACACGCACGCGUAGAUCGCCGGUGUAAACAGUGUGCGUGUGCAUGCGCGUGUGCAUGCACGUGUUCACCAACGCAUUGGGGAAAGUUGGGCUGACUUCUUGUAUCACGCUGCCUAUGACGUUGAAGAUGAGAUGAUAUUGAAAAGGUUGUAUUUUUUUUUACUCGGGCGAUUCUCUGAGACCCUUAAGUGAACAACAGUGAUUCUAGGCCAUUGUAUUAGACCCAAAGUUACUUGGAACUGGUAUAAUUUAUUAAAUAAAAAAUCGGUAUAUAUUUUGUAAUUAUAUUAUGGCCUCGAGGCCAUUAACAAACUUGUCAAAUUGCUUACGUUAAAGAAACCACCAUAGGGUAAAUAUGACCUUACAAAAAUUUGAUGACUUUUAUAAAGUAAUUUCAAGUCUGAGCCAUUGUCUCUCCAAAAGCAAAGGUGUGUGGCUGUAGCCCAACAGGACAUGGCUAAUGGUAGCAUUACUCGUGCAGUUAUGAGUUAACUCGUAGCCAGCUGUAGAUGUUCAGAAUGAUUGCGUGUGUGAAAUUACAACUAAGUGUCACGGGUUCACCCACAGAGGACGCAUAACGAAAACGCAACGCGUCCGUCAAUAACGCUGUGGCCUUUAAAAGGGGUAGGAGUGUAUAAUCGGUGACAUUCCCGCUAAAUGGUUCUUGUUCACAGCAUCUCUCUCCGCUGCGUUCUUGACGAAUGUGCGCGAGUGUUUUUUUUGUGGUGCCCUUGCACCAGCUCUGAACGCAGCGCGAGCAACGCCUGCGGUGUGAUGCUUCCAGUGGCUCUCACUUUAGCGGUCCAUGCCCUGCUGAUGAGGCUCAAUGAAGCCGAUACCAGUCCAGGGUUUUGACUCCCAUUUGAAGCCCACACGUUUCUGACUAGAUAUUGGUCUGGGGAACACCUCAGUGGCCCGUCAACUCCACUUAAUUUACGAUGACGUUUUUUUGUGUCGGAUCGUGUUAGUGUGAACGUGCCGUACGCCCAAUUCCACCCGACACAGCCAAUCAGUAGAGGUUGGCACGUGAACAGGAUGUGCCAAUUAUAGUUACUACUAGGGCGCCUCGGUGAAGAGAUGUUAACUGCCUCGCGAGGUAUACAGGAGGUCUCGGGUUCGAUCCCGACCCUGACGCCUGCUGUAUAUUUGGAGUUUGCGUGUCUCUCUCCCUGUGGUUGCGUAGAUUUUUCUCUGGC